AUGGCUACCGAGCAGACCUACAUCAUGAUCAAGCCCGACGGCGUCGAGCGCGGCCUCGUCGGCGAGAUCAUCGCCCGCUUCGAGCGCCGCGGCUACCAGCUCGUCGCCAUGAAGAUGGUCCACGCCUCGGUCGAGCACCUCGAGCAGCACUACGCCGACCUCAAGGGCAAGCCCUUCUUCCCCGGCCUCGUCAAGUACAUGUCCAGCGGCCCCGUCGUCGCCAUGGUCUGGCAGGGCAAGGACGUCGUCAAGCAGGGCCGCGUCCUCCUCGGCGCCACCAACCCGCUCGCCUCGGCCCCCGGCACCAUCCGCGGCGACUUUGCCAUCGACGUCGGCCGCAACAUCUGCCACGGCUCCGACGCCGUCGAGUCGGCCAAGAAGGAGAUCGCCCUCUGGUUCGGUGAGCAGAACCCCACCAUCAACUACAACAAGACCAUCAACUCGUGGGUCUACGAGUAG